AUGAAGGAAAGGAGAAAUACGCAGCCGCUGGUGGUGAGAUGUAAACUGGUUCUUGUGGGAGACGUUCAAUGCGGAAAAACGGCGAUGUUGCAAGUCCUGGCGAAGGAUUGUUACCCAGAGACCUAUGUGCCCACGGUGUUUGAAAACUACACAGCCUGUCUGGAGCUGGAGGAGCAGCGAGUGGAGCUCAGUCUGUGGGACACUUCAGGUUCUCCGUACUAUGACAACGUGAGGCCUCUGUGCUACAGUGACUCAGAUGCAGUUUUGCUGUGUUUUGACAUCAGCCGCCCCGACACUGUGGACAGCAGUCUGAAGAAGUGGAAAACUGAAAUCCUGGACUUCUGUCCGAGUACACGUAUCCUGCUUGUUGGCUGCAAGACCGACCUCCGCACAGAUGUCUGCACACUGAUGGAGCUGUCCAAUCAGAAACAGACUCCCAUCACCUAUGAGCAGGGUGCUGCUAUGGCCAAGCAGCUGGGUGCAGAGGCUUACCUAGAGUGCUCAGCAUUCACCUCGGAGAAAAGCAUCCACAGUGUUUUCCGCACCGCAGCAAUGGCCUGCAUCAACAAGCUGCAGCCUCUCCCAAAGCCCAGCCCCACCCGCCGCCUCUCCAAAAGACUCCUGCACCUGCCCAGCAAGUCAGACUUGCUCUCCUCCACCUUUAAGAAGGAGAAGGCCAAGAGCUGCUCGGUCAUGUGAGUGGAAACCUCUUUGGUUACAGUCCUCACAUGCGACCCCCAGCCCCUGCCUCUUUGGUCUCGGGGAAGGGGGGGUGGGCACGAUGGUUUUAUCAGGUUUACCUGCUGAAUCCUUCCCUCA